AUGCAGUCCAUCUCCCCCACUGAUUCGACGCCUCUGUAUGCUAUCUUGCUAUCAGCCGCACAGCUUACUUUGCUCGCGGUCCAGCCUCCAGAUAAGCAUAGAGUCGACUACUGGGAAAGUCAGGAGAUUGAUGCCCGCUCGCGGCCCGAAGCGUCUACCUGGUCUCCGGUAACAUGCCUAGCCUACCUGGGCAAUCGGAUCGGCCAGUUCUUGUAUCCGCAGUCACCCCAUGAUCGAGGACCGGAGGUCGAGGUCUGGUCGGGACUGUUCCAGCCAGAGCCACAGUACAAACGGGCUGUAGAGACCCCAUCACCAAAGAUAAGGAAACAAAAAUAUCCGCCGUCACGGUAG